GUACUCGUGUUGACAUGAUCCUGUGUUGUGUCGUUGUGACUGUGAAGUCUUGCAGCGGUUGUUCAGACUUGAGGAGUGACAACUUACGAUGGCGUGUGCUCUUCUUCUUCUUCAUCCGCUCACUCCUCACUCCUCACUCUUCCUGCGGACGGAGGCGACAGCAGCGGCGGGGUUCAGCUAAGCUGUCAGCCGUUACAUUUUAACCUCCCCCCGGCACGAGCCCAACCGCCAACUCCCGCGCGGGGUUGCUUGGAUAUUCAAGGACAUUUUAACGUUGCCAUAGCUACUUUGGCCUUUUUUUCUCCUGUCGGUUGAGGAAAUCCAGCGCGUGGUUCUCGGGCGCAGCGAUGUGGCCAGAUUUAGUAAACACGAGAAGAAACGGCGGCUGAUAUCGUGUAAAUACGCUUCUUCUUCUUGGAUUUACGAUGUUUUUCUGCGUGUCAUCUUUACACGUCGUACCCACUACCCUGCCUCCUCCUUCAACACCGAGGGGACAAAUGAACGGAGACAUAAAGGUCUGCUGCUGCUGACUUUUCGAUGCAUACAUCUGAAUUAUGGCAUCAUCUCCACGCCUUUUGAAGUUAACGGCUGCUUCGUGCUGAAAGACACCCGUGUUGGAGGUGAAAGCGGUGAUCCUCAGAAACACCCCCGGUGGCUAUAGGUGGAUGAACUUUUGACUCCCUGAGAGCUGUGGUGUGGUAAAAGCAGAGGUGCAUCUCUGCUGUGCAUCAGGUUCAGGUAUGUGUUGAGCAUUGCCAGCCAUCUAUUUGUCAUUACAGUGCUGCCAUGUUGCUAGGUAACUAACUGACGGUGGGUUUACUCUAGUUCAGAUUUGAUCAUCCCCACAUCCACGGAUGCAACGUCACCCUCAGCAAAUCUUAUUUUACAAGUUUUUUAUAUCAUUACCAUAAUCUGUCAUUUCUCACAGUGUGAAUUUCUCAUCUUCCUUUGGCCGGAAGAAGUGAAGCAUAUUUUUCUGCUCCCAUGCCAUGGCCCGUGGCUGUCACACAGGCAUGCUCGUUAAAGCCCAUGAAAUGUUGCCUCUUUUAUACUCAAGCUGAUCUGCAAAUAGAUACACAGUCAUGAGUGGAACCUCUGCUUUCAAGGCUGUACUCUCUCCUCCUCUUCUAGUGGCACUUAGGUGCAAGAAUGUGUUAAGACCGUGGUGCAAAUUACAGAUAAUUUUCCUGAUUUAGUCUAAACCUGCUGUCCACAAGUGAGUAUUUGCACCCUCCAGGUCCCUUCCUGUUAAAAUCCGACUUUCUGAGUUUCAGCAUCAAGAGUCACUCCACUUGACUCAGCAUGGCCUGGAUGAGUCACUGAGGCAGUGCUGACUAGGAAGCUGUAGCGUCUGUUGUCCAGAUGAUGAUUCUGUUGUGAGGGCAGGUGACCCCUGAUUUUUUUUUCCAGCAUUGCAUAAUACCUUUGAGACAGUGUUUUAAUCUGAGACUAGUUUUAGAUUCACCUGUGUUACUGGUCAAAAAGGCUCAGCCUCAGUGAGCAUGAACCAGCCUACAAUUAUAGGGACAAAUUCCAAGGCCGGUUAUUGUGUCGUUUCUGGGCCAAAAGAAUAUCCUACGAGUUUGCACAAAAGGGUGUAAUCUCUCCUUGACAUGUUCAAACUUGCAUCCUGCCUUUUAAGGUUGUGAAGGUUGUGUAACACACUCACAAUUGGAGAGGGGAAGGUUUUUUGGCAAGUGCAUUUCUCCUAAAUUAGAUUUCUGCUGAAUUAUGGCUAAUUUGCUUUGUUUUGAACAAAGGUCUUUGUCUGAUGAGUCACUUUUUGUUUUUUGUUCUCAAACAAACUUAUUCCAUUAGAUUUUUUUUAUUUAUCAUUGAGCUGUUCUAGUUGCAAACUGUUACAGCACAGAGAUAUCAGGGAUAUUACAAGAUAUUUUCUCAUACCAUUCAUUUGUGUCACAAUGACCUACACCGUAAACACACUUGAACGAUGUUGCAAAUGAUGUUCUUCAGUUAUGAAGUGCUGCUCGGAUGAUUCAGGACAGAGUGCUUGAAGUGAAGGUUGUACAUUACAACAUCAGCAUUGUUGGCAAUGAACUCUAUCAAAUCAUCUUGAAGUAACACCACCCGUCCUUCCCUACCAGUCCUUCCUGUUAUGACCUUAAAGAUCAUGUGGAGGUUUCUCUGCGGUAAACAUGGCAGCUCCUCAAGAUAUUUGCCUAACCAGUUUUGUGUUGUGGAUGUUCUUCCCUCCCCCAGCAGACACAUAAAUACACAUGUGUUUGGCAGACAGGCACGGCUGCACGACAAUCCAAAACUAAAAAAACAAAAAACCUCCUCUGGGAGUUUAACGCUUUGAUGAAAUAUUUAUCUUCGUUUUCUCAAGAAAUUAAAAUCUGUGAAGCAAGUUUCAAAACCGAGUUAAAGAAAAUCCGUUUUUCUGGUUAACCUGGUUUAUUAAGGUUGAGUUUUGUCCUUUAGUCUGCUCCUGUUUUGCUUUAAAAUUUUAAAAUGUGGCUUUUUUUAGCAGAACAGUUUGUUCAGGUAGUGAUGAGUCUGAUUUGUGCUCUGUCCCAGUAUCCAGCCAAAUUAAAUAAAACCUCCAAAUUUAUUGAUAGCAGCUCCUAAACUCAGUGAAACUGUGGACUUGGAUGAGAAAGUGUAAAAUUCCCAGUGAAAAGAAAACAGCACUUGUAAUUCAGUCAUCAUUUUAGUGCUCCAGUUUGAAUUACAAAAACAUGACCUGUUGAUUUUGUGUUUUAUUAUUUGGGUCAGCACCAGUCGAAGUGACACAAUCGAUGUAAAUUCACAAAGCGAAAAACUACACAGUCCUCUGGCUGAAAUGAUUUACUCUGUCCGUGCUUUCCAAUAAUCAUUUCUCCUUUUUGUUGCCGUUCGAAGCAGAAGAUCACCAUAAAUUUGUGCCUCGGUACCUGAAGUGAGUUUUGCAUCUCAGCAUCUUGUUAAAAUGUUUGAAUGGGGCAUGUUUGGUUUAGAAGAAACACAUCUGUUAGUUUGUUUGCAGUUCUGUCAGUGUUGGCAUCAUAGCUGAGUGAGAUUGUUUUAAGUCGACAUGUUUAACCACCUUGAGCUUAUCGGCAGUGUAUUUACUUUCUUAGCGCCUCUUAAAGUAGUAAUACAGCUACUAUAAUGUUUGAAGUUGAAGUGCUUCUCUGUGCAGUUAUCUAGUGUUGUUUAAAGUUGGUCAUAAGCAAAAGUUUGAUGGUGAUUCCAGUAAGACUUUUUAGUAACCAAAAGUUAAAAUUCAGAUUUCAGCCUCAUUGCUUCACAUUUGUUGCUUGUAUAGUCGUCAUUGUGGCUUUCUUGUUCCCUUUGAGAGAUAACCAUACAUGGAUGUUUUGAAUGUUUGUCUGGUUUUAGUCAUGAAUUCGAUCGUCCCUCUGCAGAAGCAUAUCCUCAUCGACCAGACUGAAGUAGUGGCAGGUGUGAUGCAUCUACAGUAAACCAAAGAAACUAACAGGAACACUCUGAAACCUGAAACUCUCUUUGAUCCACAGCAGACAAACACAGUAGUAUCACAGACGGAGGAAGAGUGGCGGUGAUUAUGAAUCAGUCCAUCGUCUGCACAGUUGUGAUUUUACACCUGCCUGGUAAAGGUUUUUCCAUAGAUGUAUUUUUUUUUGCUUGAAUUCAAGUUGUUCUCAAGCCAGCGCAAAAAAGCAAUGUGGAGACAGUGCCGUGACCUGUGUGACAAAUUAGGAUAAUAAUUUCCCACUGCAUCCAAAUAAUAAGCUAAUGUUUGCUCAUCAUGACGCACAGCUCUCUGUAAUAAGAGUAAAAUCACCGACCACUCCACUGAUGUUUUACAGUCAGAGGAGAGCCUGAAAGCCUCUUCAUGGUCAGGAGAGAAACACAGUGAGAAUAUGUAAAUACAUGCUGUUUAUCUGUGUGGAAAAUUCCUGACAGAGAAGUCUGUUACUCGUGAGCAUGGGCCCCAGCUUCGUUGGAGUAUUCAUAGUACUCUGCGGUAUCUUUAUGAGGGAGUAUUUUAGUUUUACUUACGUGUGACAUGCUUCCUGAUCUUCACUACAGCCCCCAGUUUGCUUUAUGUCUAUAAUUGCUUGAGUCAAUAAUAAAAUCACUAAACAAAUGUACAGCAGUUAAGAGUUGAGGAAACAGCAUCAGGGACUUCCUGUCAGUUUAAGUUUGAAUGACGCGCGUCGCUGCUCACCACAUCUUCUGGUGAAGUUUGUGAUCUAUUUGAGCUGCUUAUCGAAUGAGACAGGAAGAGCACAAAAACAACAGGUGUGAACACACACAUUGCUUUCACUUCCCUGUUUAUGUGGCAAUCUACAUUUUCUUAAUCCUGCUGCUUACUUACCGCUGGUUGUGUAAAAACCCUGUUGACCUCUUGUGUAAUGUAGCUGUUGUUAGUGCUCUAAACGAGAAGAGUGGUAAAGUCUAAGUUCUUUUUCUCAGACCGUACUGUGUGUACUAUGUGGAGGUCCAUUGCAUACUCUACUGAUGUGUCUUGUUUUACACCCACCAUUCACACUACACAAUCACUGUCACUCCCAGUGUAAUCUGUAGGCCAGCUGAUAGGGAUGUAGUGAAUACUUAGUGAGAUAGAGCCGCCGCUAAGCUGAUAGCCAGCCAAGGACAAUGUUCAUUUUUUCGCAAUAGACUCCUCACAUUAAUACCUUCUUUAAGGUCAUACUGUGUGCUUAAUGGUCAGGCUUGUACCCUAUGAACCCUCCAGGGCUCAUUUCUCACAGUAAGUGAAUUGGUCAUGUGGUCGCACAUGAUUGCUUAGUAAAGUUGUAAUGGUUUGUAAUGUAAUUUACAAGCUGCCAUGUUAUUUUUAUAUUCUGUUUGCUGAAUGAGCUGGCAGAAAAAAGGCUUUGCUUUUGAGCCGCAUUAACAAUAAGUCUUGAAUAUUAUCUCGAACUGCGUGGUCUUCAUUAUUUUUCCCAUGGCUGACAAUAACUUGCAGGUACAGAGGCCUGUGUAAAGUUGCUGUCACGUCUCUGACAGUCAAAGGAUACUGGUCUGUGUAUGCAGUGACAACACAAAAGGUGUUCACUUAACUGUCCGUACAUUUUCCCACAAGUGUCCUUUGAAACAUUGCAGUAAUUGAUGGUAAAGAAGCAUUUGAAAUGAUCCUUUUCUCUCUUUGGAUAUGACUGUUUGCAGUGACCUGGUCGGGUAAACAUCGCAAAGUUUGUUCAAGGUUUGUUAGUCAUACAUGUAUUAUUUUAUUAACCGAAACUCCACCAUGACAGGGUUUUUUAAAAAUACAUGAGUGUUUCUUUCCCCAGUGAAACAACAGGAGAGGUUGACGGUAUGAGUCUGUCUCUUAAGGUUGGAAAUUUCCAUUCAGUUGAGCCCUGCGAUCCUCUGCAUAUGAAAAUAUACAGAAAUAGCUGUUUACUUAAAUGAGGGCAUGUCAUCUAUGUAACAUAAGACGUUGUGAUUUUUAACCCAUGUCUGUCAAUAGUAUCCUGUUGGUUUUAUUUCUGCCAGUGUGAGUGUUGGUGGGGAUCAUCAUAAAUGUCACUUGUUGCGUCUUCAGGAGCAGAGCUACAGUUAACUGAUCUGUCUCCGUCAAAGUCUCACUCACAGUCACAACUCGGCGUGGUUUAAACUCAAAUGUCACACCACAGAGGCAUGUGCUGAUCAUGUCUUUUCUCCUGCGUAUGAGAAUAGAAGGUAGUAAAUGUGAUUUUUGGCUGUACGCUGAAAAAUUAAUGUGACAUCAUGACUAGCAUGAGUUAUUGAGGUUGGUACACUUGUUGCCUUUUUAUCAUGAAAUCUUUAAUUAUUUUGUAUUUGACCAACUUUGAUAGUGGGCAGGUUUACACAGGCAGAUCUCUCACAGCUCCCCAAAGGAAAUGUUUCUUUCCAGUAAUAAAUCAGUGUAAACUCCAGGUUUGUGUGUGUGGCUGUGAGCUUUAUGGGGUUUGAAGCAAUCCUAGAUAACCUCUUUUAAAAAUUAUAACAUCCUCUUGGGGGGUCGAGGGAUGCCUCUCCAGCUGGCUGUUUAUCCAGUCUAGUUUUUAAUUUAAUUUAUCUUGAGUGGACAUUCAAGCAUCAUGACAGUACUUCACAUGAAAUCCCAUCAUGCACCUGGGUGCUAGCCAACCGCUGAAUGGAACAUUGUGUUUUUCCUGCACCUCCAUCUCCAUAGACCCACUUCUUCUUCUUUUUUAACAAGCUCUCCCAUCUCAGCUCUUUAGAACAGAGCAGGUUAUGCUAAUAAACUGUUUAGCUGUUGAUAGAAGCAGCAGGGGGACAACCUACCCUCCCCAUCCCAGAUGAGCACUCCAGUGAGUGGCACAUUAUUGAUAAUGUACCUACUAUUGUCUGGGAAUAAGACAAAGACAGAGGCUUUGUUUAAGCUGGCCUAACCAUGUCUCCACCCCUCUGGUUGGAUACCUGUUGGAAAUGUACUAAAUGCUGGUUACCAGGGAAGGUGUGUGGUUGUUUUAGUUGUAAUAUUCAUCAGACUUGUAGAGGAGAUGAAAUCGAGGCGUUCUGAUACACAAAGCUUUCAACAAUAUCAGCGUCUUCUGGCAAAACUGUCAAUCCUAAAUGAUGUUUUAGAUAAACUAAUUAGUAAUGAAAUAUUCUUGGAGUUCAUGUCAGUGGACUUGACAUUAUUUCUUAUCUAUGUGUAUCCUUCCAGAUCAAACAGCCUUCUUUAGUCCUCUUGUAUUUUGUGUCAGUAUGGAUCACACGUGUCAUUUCACAUUUGUUUACAUCUUGUCCCGCCCCACCCCCACCCCCCUGAGCUCUCUCUGAAUCACAUGGAUCAUGUAAAAUGAAAGCGACAGUGCUUCAUCCAGUCACUAUACCCACACUCCCCUUUCUGUUCCACUGGCCACAGACACCUGAUUUCGCUCAGCUAAAAAUAGACUCCUUCAAACCCCAACCCCCCCUCCUCACUGCCCCCCUCACCUCUAUUGCUUUUCUUCCUCACACAGACUUUUAUAGGGUAAGUAUCAACAAGUAAUGCCCAUUCACAGCCUCACAUCUCCAGUCGCAGUGGAGUGUGUCUGUGUGGGAAUCGUCACGAUCCGUUAUGGUCUGAGACUGAUAAGGAAUUCCUGUUUUUCUCGGUGAGCUCUGACUGAGAUAAUAAAACUUGAGCAUGAUAAAUCUGGGUUUUCCACAGUGCUGUAAACGUGACCUCAGAGCCCAUCCAAAUGUUAGCCAGAGUCAUAGGACCACAAGCAUCUUUGAAAAAUGGCCUUUUAUGGUCAGUGUCAGAAACAGCUUCUGUCUUUGGUCACUUUUUGGGAAGCUUGCAUUAAUCGUGCUGCACAAGAGGGUUUGAGGUAUUUCACCACAGGGCAGCUGACAGCCUUCAGUCUACUCCAGCAGAGGUUUUUUCAUUACUGACGGCUGAUUUUCCUCAACGCAAGGUGCCCUCUGAAUAAAAACAGCCAUGCUCAUUGAACGUGUCUGUCUGAGCUUCUUUAAACUUAAUUCUGGUAGAAGUUUAGACAGAUGAAAAGCAAAAGUCGAGGUAUUAUUGUGUUAAGAUCAAUGCUGCUGCUCCUGUUAUGAACCAAAUCGCUGCUCAGUCAGUAAAAUUAAUCGAUUAGUUUCACAUUAUGACACAUGUAAAGGGUUUAACAGUUUUAUUCUGAGUCUCUCUGGGUGGAAGUUGAUUUUUCAGUCAUUUUGAAAACCAGACACUUUUUAUUUUUAACAUUUAACAUCGUUUCAUUUCUCCUUUUUCUACUAACUUCUCACAUUAGUCUAGUCUCGCUUUAGUCUAACAUCUUUUUAUUUUUCUGUUCUGCUGUCCCCAAUUUAAACUAAUAUUUCCAGACCUAUUUCCCCCCCAUGUCACUAGAGCAUAAGAAAUUAGGACGCAGAGAGUCAUUUCUUCCAGAGGAUUCAAUCAAUUGAACACCAGUUUUCUCAUGUGUUUCAGCACAUUCGUCACACUCACCACUUCACAGCUGAAACGGAAGCUAGCGUUGGUUAAAGUCAAACUGUAAAGAGAACAUGUGUCGCAACCGCUCGGGUCAUAUGGCCUUUUUUUAAAUCCUCUGUGUCAUGCAGGUAAUGGAAAGUUUAUCUUUUGAGCAAAUUACAGUGAAGCACUAAACAAACGUACUCUAAACCUGCAUGUGAGGUCUGUGAAACCCACAUAUAGUCGACUAUAUUUAGACAUGUGCCUUCCACCCACUGCUGUUUUUUAAUCCUUCAUUUUGCUGUACAGAGAAUUAUCACCUACAUACAGAAGAUGAACGCAGAAGCGUCUCUUUAGGUUGUGCUAAACUGAAUCAGUGAGCCUUGCUGUAGCCAGAAGAUAGAAAUCAGAGUGAGGUGAGGAACACAUGAAAAUGAAAGUGGAGACACAGAAGAAACAGGAGAAAGAAGUAUCAGCCCCGACAGCAUCUCGUCUCUUCUUUCCCUCGUCACUCUGACUUCAUCCAGCUAUCCAAUAAGAAAAAGAGCCCUCUGUGUCUCCAUGGUAACCCCCCCCCCUCCCCAUUUGUUUAAGCAAUGAUGAAGAGAGGAUAAAAAUGCAGGAAAGAGAAUAUGUUUUAGCCUUAGGAAAAGUUUGAUAGAGUAUAAUCCAUCACAUUUUUCAUCUUUGACCGUUUUUCAGAAAGUUGCCUCGACAGUUAUCGGAUAAGCGAUGAGGAAUUCUUUUAUAUUUUUAAUUUUGUAAAGCACAAAUAGAUUCAAUAAAGUAAUUAGUUUCUGUUUACAUUUACCUUCUAGUUUCAUAAACUUCGAAUUUCCCCCAAAGCCUCCAAACUGCUGCUGUUUUGUGAACCCAUCCUUUCAGCACUUCAGAGUGGCUUACUGUUUCACUUUUAAUGUCAAGUACCUUCUUCUCUGAACACCCUCCUCAGUCAUAACAAGCUGGUUGAUUGUCAGCCAAAUCCUGAUGUUGGAAUAAUUGUCACAAGUGAACCUGCAGCGUUCUGUGAUAGACUGAUGAUGAUGAUGUAGGUGUUAGCUGGCAGCAAUACCAAGCCUCAGCCUCAUCAUCAUCACUAUAGUAUUUCAUAUUGUUAACGCUGCUUUACACCAACGUGAGAGACUGCUAGUGGCAAUGAUACUUGAGAUCCAUUAGUUGUUACUCUUCCAUGCCUCUUUGUGCUCAGCAGUGGGCUCCACAUUAGCAUGAAGGCCUCGGUUUGAAUCAACAUCUUGUCGCUAUAACACUGAAAGGGGCUGAUGGAGAUGUUUGAAAGAGAUUGUCUGAAUCUACAAAAGUAUUUUCUGCCCCAGGUCGUGUACUCUACGUGAAUUGGCUAACGGGAUGGACAAAAUGUUGGAGUUGGGACACUCUCAUUUUCUAUAUCUGUGGAGGAGUUACAUAAGUCUGCUCUCUGCAUGCAGGCUGUGCGAGGACUCACGCAGAAUGACAGCGAGGGGAGAUCCUCAUUUAACCUUGGCUCGUAACAAAUUAAUCCAAAUGUAAUUUGCAUAUAAGGUCAUCUAAUUUUGGAUUUCAGAGCAAAGCACAGCUUUGAUUAGAGAUAGAGUUGGUAUGUAACAAGCCCGUUUUGGGAAACGCUGUGAUGAUGAACACCACUGAGGCGAAAGAAAACAAUGGCUCUUCUUAUUAAAGCGGCUUAAAGUUCCCCACAGUUGCCAGGCACCAGAUUUAUUUAUGAAGAAUUUUAAUUACAUGCUGUUGGGGUAUCUAAUCUAAACUUUACUUUUCCAUGUGUUCAAAGUUUCACUUGUGCUGUUCAGUGAUCUGCCUCGGAGUCAGUUCCUGUUUUCCAGGAGAUUUCGUGCAGCUAUUCUAAUAAAAACUCAACACCCGGCUAUAUUUUAGAUUUUUAUUAGACAGAACCAAAAGGAUUUGUUUCGGGAGUUGUGACAUUUUAACUGAGGCACCUCUGAGUCCGCUGCAACACACUUUGGCUUCCCUAAUCUCUAUGCUGACUUAAAAUCGAUUUGUUUGACUGUUUAUCUCUUUCCAUACACAAAUCAUUUAUUGGGGAAUGAGGAAAAGUUCGACUUUUCCUCAUUGCAUCACGGACUCAGCUGUGUCCCUGCUCUGUGGUGCUCUCCCUGUGUAAACAAAGAUCCAUUUAAGAAGCAGGUCUUACUUUCAGGGCUACUGUGGGAGGCAGAGAAGGAGGAGGAGCACCACGGCGGAGAUGCUAACAGUAUUUUUAGCUCUUCUCUUGUACUGAAAUGAUGAGUAAAGAACAAGGGCAGGUUUUACCUCCCACCUCCUUGGCCUGUGGAGGAACACGAGCAUGAGGGUCAGGAACAGUGAUGGUCUUUUUAUAAAAGUGCAGUACUGAUGCUCACAGUAUAUCCCACAAACCAUCAUUACUGUGAUUUUCCAUUGUUGUACCCAACAUCUAACAUGUCCACAGAAGCUGGUUACUCAUGUUUUUAUUUGUUGUUGUGGUUUUUGUUCUCCUGAGCUUUUAUCUGAUCCUAAAGGAUCACGUCGUUUUUUUAAUCUCCAUUUGUCUGUUUUGUUUGCUCAGCUUCAGCUCAAUUUUCAGUCUCAUAUCCAGACUAAAACAUUUUCCUACGUUUGUUCUUCAUCUCUUUGAGAUCAUCGUUUGUUGAAUCAAACAAACCUGACCGCCUUUUUGUUUGCUAACCUUUGGGUCGUCUUUGGAAGUCAAACACUGUAAAAGACAGUUGUUUUUUUUCUGACAGUCUCCACCUAAACAGGUCUGUAAACACUUUAUAGAUAUUCUACUUUCUGUCCCAAAGGAGGGUUUAAAGGCUUAGGGAUGAAAAAAAAAUGUAAUAGUAUUAUUAAAACCCCACACCUUUACAAAUGUUGUAUAGAUAAAAGCUGGAGCUCCUCAGGAUUUCAUUUAACACCAUAACAUGGACAGAUUAAUGGGGGGAGUAGAAGAAGCCAAUAUGGAGGGAAAAUUGCGUAUCCAGUUUUCUUAUCCCUCAAGGGUGCAGAUUUUAUAGGCUGUAAAUCAAUUUUGUUUUCAGUUAUCUGCACCUCUCUAAUUUAUUUUUUUAUCUUGCUUAUUAAUGAUGUUUCAUAUUUGCCUUUAUUAGUGACUCAGUGGGACAGAGGGGGAUGAUCUUGGUACACCCUGUUUUAAAUCAGCUCUCUUCGGUCAUUGCAUAUGGAUGGUAACUCCCUUGGCUCUGGCCGCAGAGUGCACACACACACAAACACACACACACCAGCACAAACAGCAUUGUCUUAAGCCUUUUGACAUUUUAACUGGAUUGGUUCGUAAGCCCAUCAACUCGAUCAAGGGUUCCAGUCUCAGGCCGGCGCUGUGUUUGCCGCAGUUGUCAUAGCUUGAGUUGUCUCCAAAGUGUCAACGCCAUGUGAAAGUGAACUGUGAAGGUAUUUUCAGCGGUCCUGGGGCUAACAUUUUCCACUUGUGAUUUAAAGGGGGCCUGGCCUUGAGUUGGUCAUGAGGGAACCCCCUGCCCCCCUCCCCUCCUUCUCUGACUCCACUGGGAUUCACCACCUUCUCUGUCGCUCCACCUCGUAGUGGCGCUCUCUAAAAACAGGGCUAAAUUUAAAGGGGCAACACCAUUGUGGCCUUUUGGGAAAAGGCCUCCUGUGAGUCAACACCUCCCUCUCACUUUUCUGCUUUGUGUCAACAGCAGGGCCCAGCUGCUGCUCUCUGUCCCGUGGUCAACCUGCCUGCUUGACGUGUACGUUUCAACCUUGAGCUAUAUGUCGCACCUUCAGACAGAGCGAGUAAAACCGCUUUCUAUUACUGUGAUACAGGACAGCCUUGGGAGGCGAGGAGAAUGGAUCUCAGAGUGUAGGGCAUGUUUGAGGUCUUUGUGUGGAAGUAAGAGGUGUGUCUGUUGAAUGGAGGAGCCUUUGCAUUGGGUUUCCCCAUUUAGACCAACCACUUACCCUGCUGUGUAAGGUGAGCAGACGCACACUGCUUUGAGUGUCUGUUUAAUUAUGCCGUCUCGAAGUGUCACGUCAGACCCAUUUAAAGGUUUUAAAUCUGUUCGAAGAGAAGCUUUUUCUGUCGUUGUCUUUUUUUUUCAAGUCUAUUUCAAAAGGUGAGUAAUCGUACUUAAAGACAUACUGGUUUUGUCCAGAAAUACCCCUAAUUGUCAAUCAUAUUUUCUGAUAAAGUCACAGAUUAGGUGCAGUGUCUCUCCAUUGAUGGUCACGUGUUUAACAGGCAGAGAAAGUGAUGCUGCGCAGAGGUGCAAAUCGCAGUUUUCACUCAAACUUCUUCCCUGUUAUCUUUGGCUGGAGUUUCGUUGAAGCACGAGUUGGAACAUCUGAGGCUGCUGUGCGAUAAGCGCUGUGCACUGGGGUGUGCUGCUAUUGCGUCACUGCCUAGAGGGGAGCAGAGACAGUAUUUUUAGAAGGGAAUGAGCAUAUUCUCUGAACAAACAACGUCAGGCACUCUGCUUGCGUAUGCUAGGAUUAUUGUGACCAGGCUAUUUUUAAGCGGUGUGUGAGAGUGCUUUUUUCUGGGUCAAGCAUGGUGCCAGUCCUCUCUCGUGGCUGCUGAUGGAUAGAACAUUACAGGGCCGGUUUUCCGCCCAGCAUCUGCAUCAGCCACAGUGGAAAGAGUCGGAGAGACAUGACUUAGAACAACCAGAGGCCACUCUAAGGACAGGUCUGUGCGAGGAAAUCACGUCAAAUAGACCUUGAGAUUGCUCUUGUGGGAAGUCUAAUUCAGAGGAUCAUGUUUAGCUGAGUUUUUAUCAUUUACCAUGAAGCUUCGAGGUCAUAAAUCUUAACCAAAGCCACAGUUAUUUAAUUAUGUUGAACUGUCAGUAUCUCAAACUGUCACCAGUAAUCGACACAGUAAAAUAUGUCACGCACACUUUUCUGUCUGAGCCGGUUUAGGUGUGUCUCUCGGAUAAGCCAGAAAUAGAGGGACAUAUCUUAGAAAAUCAGUAUGCCGUAACAAUAGAGCUGGACAAAAAAAAACAUUUAAAUGAAAUAACAGGAGCUGUAAAAUGUUUGACAUAAAUAUAUGAUAAUUUAAAGCACUCAGUUCAGCAGAGAAACAAUAAUAGUGUCCUGCAAAUGUAAAAUCAACAUGCCUGUGAGGUACAGACUCUGACAAUAUCAUACUAACUGGAGUUUAAUUUGCAUUUCUGACAAAAAAACAUUAUUCAUGCUGAUUAUGAAUCAUCAUCGUUUCAUCUUUUACUUUAAAGUCACUCAACAUAAAACCACUUUUAGUUUCUUCCCGUCGUCUUAUGAGUCAUUUUACAGGUAAAAAAGUGACUCUUUCUUCUUAUCUGUAAGGAUCUGCUGCUCUUUCCAGAGUUAUGUCGUUGUAAAAUAAGUGUGUUCUGGGUUUGGACUCUGUGAACUGAAUGAAUGAGCCUGGGUUCUGGGAUGCUGCCAGUGUCCUUUUUUAUUAGUUUCUUGGCAUUUCAGGCAUUUAAUGACAAAAUAUUAAGGACUGUGAGAGAAAAACAGAUUUACUCUCAAAGAUUAUAGCUCGCUGCGGAUUAGAAAAUACUAAAACCUUUUUAAAAGUUUGGCUAAUAAGUCUCAGGGCUCAGCAUCAACAGCAGGUCCAUGAUCCUGGGCUGGCAGAGGAGUUCUGCGACUGUACAGCGCCCCUGUGUUAUCCUUCCUGUUUUUUUUCCAUCCCUCUAUCUGUUGAUCUUGUCCUCCCUGUCUUCACAUACCCGGUGUCACUCCCUUUCAUGUAGGUUGCCAGUUUAUGGUAGCUAACUGGACUCUGACCUACACAGUGAUAAUAAUCAGACAGUAUGAUUCUGUGUCCCAGUAUAUCACAUUUAAUGUCUUCUGUAGGCCCAGAGGAAACUCCUGAACCCUGUGGAGUUUGUUUGUUGCUGCUGUGUGAGUUGAAACCAGCAUUCAGUUUGUUGCCACAAGCUUCCAGCAUGUUGUGGUCCUGUUUUUUUAUCCGCAUUGUCAACAAGGAUGAACACUGUGACCUUCCCCUCUAAACCCUGGCACUAACAUUGAGGCCUCUCAGGCUCCUGAGCCGCAGGCUUUUCUGUGGGCCUUUCCAAGCUAGCCUAGUUUCAUCUCAGCUCUCCCAUGGGUACAGUUAUUUUCAGCAAUAUGUGGUGUUCUGCUCCCGUUUUGUCUAUGCAUUGUUCCUCUGUGUCAAACAAGGCCAGUACAUUAAAAAUGUAUAGAAGACAAAGUCACCCUGUUUUAACUAGAACACCUUCCAGUCUAUUAGUGAGCACCUGCUCCAGGUGGAGGAGUUACCGUAUCAGCUCUUCAGUCAAAUGUGUCCUCCUGGUUGUGAGGGCAGCGCACAAGAAAGAGUGAAUAGGCAAUUCCUGAGCCUUGCCAAAGCUCGCCAUGUCUGCGGGAAAAGUGACGCAGUGGGAAGUUUUGUGUGAUUAUAGACCGGAGUGGCAGCGUGCCAGGAAGUGAUCGUGUCGCCGCCACAGGUCAGAAAAGAGCGAAUUUGAUCUCAUGCUAGACUGUUAAAUCCUGUUAAGGACAAUGUUGUUGUCUUCUUCAAUAUUUAACAGCAUUUACAGUGAAGUUCUUCUUUUCUUAACGGACUUCUCUUCAGUUCAUUUGUCACUUCGCCUCAGCUGACAGUCUCCACAGUCGUGAUCUUGUGUCGUAUUUUGAAGAGCUGUUCUCCUCUCAUCGGUCAGAGGCAGAUUUCUGCAACUCAUGCCACCCACAUGCUGGUUAUGUAUAGCCCACACCUACCCCUAUCUGCCCAGUGGUUUGAAAACAAUGCUUUGUGCAACUCAGAGGCUGCUAUUUGUGAAACCUGGAUCAUGCACAGGGGUCUUACCAUGUUACGCAAUGCUCCCCACUCAGCCGUAAUCCCUCUUAUGCUGAGUGAGCCCCCCAUGUGACGCUGUCCAAGGGUUGGGAGAAACAGGGUGGCUGUUGGGACUGUCGGCAAGGCACGGGUGCUUUUUGUCGAAUCCAGCUGGUGAGGCCGCCCCACACACACACCGCACACACACCUCACACACACACUCACAAACAAACACACUUGCACACUAAGCUUUGGCCUGUGUAUAAGAAGAGACGUUUAUCCUGGAAAGUGCCUUACUUGAAUCUGAGAUGCUGGGUGGAGGUUCACCGCUGAUGCUGGUCCUGACUACAUUGAGCUUAUUUCCUGAAUGAACUUCGUUUGAGCCGCAGGAAUGGAUCUUUGGAUUCGUUUGAAGGAAACUUGAAGGUUCUAUUUUCGUCGCACGACAAACUUUUUUGAUUUCUUGCUGGUCGAAGCUGGUUUCUACUUUUGAACUGUGGAUGUUGGUGGACUCCAUCAGACAUGUUCUCAUUGGAUUCUUGUUGGUAAUAUUUUCGAUAAUAUUCAUUCAUGUUUUUAUUUGUUUCUCCCCUUACAGGAACCAUCAAUGUGGACUGCAGCUGCUGAUUUGUGAAGCCACAUAUCGGAGCUCCCCCCGAGUCUCUCCUGUCCCCUCUCCCCUUCCCUUCCCUCCGUCCCCCCCUCCUCCUUCCUUCCCUUGUCAAUUUUCUCCCCAAAUCCCCCCUUUUACCCUUCCCCAAAGAUUCACCAUGCUCAUCAAGGAGUACCGCAUCCCCAUGCCCAUGAGUGUGGAGGAGUACCGGAUUGCCCAGCUCUAUAUGAUCCAGGUGAGGUCACAACGCCACGCUCUACCCCCAGAUCUUCAUCCAAACACACGCCAAAAAAAAUGGACACAUGACGCAGAGGCCAGAGAACGAAAAAGGUGCAGUGAGAGGAGAGAGAGACGUAAAUACAGGGGGGUGUUUUCAAGAGGGUUAUCAGACUGUGUGCAAUUAUGAAAUGAUUGGUCACACGGUGUCUGACGCUGGUGGAGCAACGGAACAAAGAGCGCCUGUGUGCCGUUAGAUUAUCCAAUUUAAACUCUCUGAAGCUCGCUGUUUCCACCCCGUCAUUGGCUGCAUGUUUUUUAUUCAAGCAGGAGGAGCAGGGGCACCCCGCUUUUUCUGCCAACUCCGAACACACACCUACUGCUGCGACGGAGAUAGACACACCGCUUCGCCCGUGUCGGACAGUUUUAUUUGUCAAACCGGGCCCUGACUGAGCGGGAGCCUGGGGGUCUUUGAAAGAGCUUUAGGGUUUACAGCUCUGAGCAGGAACGGCUGACUUUUUCAGCUUAAGUUAUCCUCUGUAGCAACAUAUUUUCUCUUCAUAUGUGUACUUGAAGGAGGAUUUAUUUAAUCCAGUGGUACUGCCAGGUGCACCGUGAGAAGCAGCGCAGAGAGGAGUCUGGGGUAGCAGUCCCAGUGACUCAGACUGUGGUAAAUAUUUUGCAUUAUUUAGGUACAUCUGUUGGGACAUGGUUUACACACUUAAGCAUUUAGAUGCAUUUUUGUGUUUGAGAUCUUUUCCUCCAGUGCACACGCUGAUCUUGGCACGGUUUCAGCAGCUGUGUGAGGAUUUCAGCCGCAUGGUUACAUAAUGUGUGUAUCACAAGAGGUUUUACAUUAAGUGAAGAGCAGGUUGAAUAAACAGGCCUGUUGAGACCCAGGUUGAGGCUUUUUAUUAGGUUUAGUGAUUUGAUUUUGUGUUUUGGUGGAAGUGCAACUUAAUGACAGCUUUAAUCAUUAACUAUUGAAUAUUAUGAGGGCAGAGAAGUCAUCAGAUAAAUCCACGAAAUAUGAUGAACUCACAGAAAACUUCCCUUACAGCCAAGACAGUCAAGUAAACAAGACUUCAUGGUAACACCUUACUUGACGCCUAUCUCUAUAACGCAUUAUAAAUAUAUGUAUGAUGCAUUAUAAUCAUGUUAUAGCACUGUAUAACUAUAGUUAUAGACACUCAUAAAUGAUCAUAAUGCUUUUUAGCAAUAAUCAUAACACAUUAUAAAACAUUUUAUCAUGACUUACUAGGUCAGGUAUUAUAAUGUGUUAUUCUUAUUGUUAUAAAGCCUUAUGAUAAUUAAUGAGUGUUUUUAAUGAUAGUUAUACAAGUUUAUAAGCAAAUUAUAACACAAAGUAUCAUGUAUUAUCUAUGCGGGCAUUAUCAGUCAGUUGUUAACAGUUUUAACACAUUAUAAUACCUGACCUUGUAAGUUAUACAGUGCUAUAACGUGAUUAUAACCCAUUACACAUAUAUUUAUAAUGCGUUAUAGAGAUAGGCGUCAAGUAAAGUGUUACAGACUUCAUACUAAGUUUACUUACAAAAAUGUUUAUGUGCAAAUCUGACCUUUUAAAGAUGUUUGACUAAAUAAACAUACACGUGAGCUGCAGUGUUUAACUGAAGCCCUCAGGAGACAGCUUCAUGUGAGAAGUUGAACCUUUAGACCCUGCACGCAUGCCUCUAAGCGGUGGAUCUUCACAUGAGGAGGCCUCCUAAACACCUGUUAAACUCUCACCGAAAUUGAAAAGUGAUUUCUGAUCAAACUGACCAAAACGGAUAUCAACUUUCCAGUGAACCAACACUUAACAGCAAGCUUUGGUUUUGUUCAGAGAGCCUCUCCUGAUUUGCAUACACUAUUAACUGUAAUAUAAGACAGUGUUUUUUUAAGUAUCUGAAUAGUCAGCUCCGUCUUAUUUGUUUAAACAUUAUGUAAUUGCCGAGGCAGUUCUUUAUCAAACCUGCAUCAGUGACGAUAAGAAGAACAUGUAGUCCAUAUUUUGCUCUCUAAAACAGUAUCAGACGCUCAUCUAACAACCUCGUCGGUUAAUUCUGUUGUUUUUCUUCUCCUCCCCCCUGAAAGAAGCAAACAGACGGGUAAUCCAGUUGAACAGCGGCUGAUUGGGAACAUGACUCAGCGACAUGCCCCAAAGCAAGCAGACAUUUCAGGACAGCACAAACCAGUCGCUGCACCACACUUCUGUGCACUCGCAGGUUCUCUCUGGCACCUUUUUGAAGAGCGUGUCACAGAGCAUACUUGAUCGACUCCGGUAUUUGUUCUGAGCUCCUCCUCAGUUCUCUGCGUGCUCUCUGUCACACAGGUCACGGUGCAGACAUCGAACUUGAACAUGCAAGUUUUACACAAAGGAACAAAAAAAAAACGUACAUGCAUCUUCAAAGCGUAUAAACAAAUCAUAGGAAUCCUCACAUGAGUGACCAAUAGUUACCUCUCUCCCUGACCUCACCCUCUCUGCACAGCCUCGUUGCUGUGAGGCUUCUGUCACUAUGGCAACCGUGACAUCAGCAGCGUGCCGGUGGUCAGGUUUUGUUCGAGAGAGGGAGUGAAUGAAAAGAGGAAAUGGAGGGUAAAAAGAGAGGCUGCCUGCAAGAGAAGGGAGGGAAAGAAACGAGAAAGACGGACAGAAAAAGCUGGAGAGAGAGAGAAAGAGAGAGAGAGAGACACCUGUACUCUCAGUAGAGAGGAUUUUGUCGGUGUCUGUGGAUACUCUUUCUUUAUUGCUGUAUGUUACCAGGGCAACUGCAGCAUGUAGGCCUGCCUGCUUGCCAUCCGUGCCUCUUGUUAAUCUCAUAGAUGAAGUUGGGGCCUUUGGACAGUGUAGCUCUAGCUGCACCCCAGCAGACAACGCCACACCCCACCUCUCUGCUCUUUUUAUUUAAUCUUGUUUUUAUCAUCCCUGUAAACAUAAGGACUUAAUGUACAAAGCAAAUGGGGAGAGAACGCGCUAGAAACUGAGUUAUGAGAGGAUCUCGCUGUGUCUCAUUCAUUCACACACAUCCUUCAUGCUCUGACUAAGCAACUGUGUCUGCGGAGGGAAGUGAAAAGCGGCAUCUCAAACCGGAAACACGCCUCACUAACUUGAUAGCAGGAGAAAAAAGGCAGGAUGUGACUCUCAUCCUGUAAGCGAGGUCAGACCUAAACACAUCGAGAGAGCUUUGAUCCUGUCUGCUUUAAUUUAGGAAAGGUUUGAUGGCUGUUGUUGAUAGAAAUGAGAGAGUGAUGAUGUGAAGUUCAGGAGUAGGUCUCGCCACACUUUGUCUUCUUCUUCUCAGCUGAAGAGGAUUUUUAAUGAGACUCGCUAUCUCGACAGAUUUUACUUUGACGCUAUUGCCGUUUCCUGACAGGUGGUUUUCAUCAGCGCAGCAGCGAACAAUGCUCAGUUUUCUCCGAAAUUCAAACAUUAGAUCAUCUGUUCGUUCAUUCUUUGUACGCGAUCCAUCUUCACUUUGCUUAUUUCCUAAAGCGAGCAGCUGAGCCCCUGGCCUGUGUUUUGUUUCUUCCUCCCGGUGAGCUGGAGAGAAUCACACAUCCCUCCAGGGGGGGAAGAAGAAGUGAAACUGCUCUUGGCAGGCUGUGGUCACCUGUCAGACACCUCAUUAAAGACAAUCCAUAGCCUGCAUGUGAAGUGUUCAGCUGUCUACUACGAAAAAACUAUUUUAUUUAUAAAAAUCUAACCAUAAUUAGUGUGAAAUAGAGCAUUGAUAAGCCAUCUGAUAUUAGUCAAAGUUUAAAGACACGCUUUAUUUUUGUCCUUAAUAAUCCAAAGCUGUGUGGACUCUAUGUUUACAACUGCGUAUUUCUACAACUGCAGACAUUUUUACAGCUUGUGUGCAGAUAUGACACUUUUAAAACUUGACAUAUCCAUCAGCUUCACUUAAACAGCGGGUUCCUGCGUCGUGCACCGACUGCAUGUACAGUCAGUGGCGUCUGUGCAGUGUCACGGAUCUGUGUCUGGGCUGUUGAAAGCAGGGCGGAUGGCUAUUGAAUGACCUGUCAGAGGUAAUGAGGUCUGGAACUCCGGGCGCCUCAUGCCUGCCUCCUCCUAGCUUCACUGAUUCACUUUUUUUUUUUUAGCCUGUGACGCAUCUCCUCACCGGACUAACAGGAGAAAUCUGUUUUUCUUUACCGUCUGCUUCUAUAUUCUUACAGUGGCGUGUAAAGACGGGAUGUUGGCUGAUAAAAGCAAUAGAAAAGUCGAUUCAUCAAUUACCUUUGACAUUUAUAGUCUUUGGUCUUUGUACCCUAUGAUUUUGAAACCGUCAGCACUUGGACUGUGCCCCUACUCAGUCUCUAUCCUCCUUCCUCUUGCCAUGUCGCUCAUUCUGGUGUUUGGCGGUUUGAGUCACCUCACUGCUGGUCUCAGCUAAAUCUAAAAGCUCCACCCAGCCACUCUUCCUGUGUGUUCGCACCUGGAAUGUAAAUAUAGGAAAGGUGUGGCUCUGUGAGCUGGUUUUGAGCUUCCUGAUUUGCAAUUCAGAACUGACCAAGCUUUCAUUCACCUAUUGGGUUCAAUCUAUUGGGUGGUUUUCACUCUUUAGAUUCUCUUUCAACUUAAAUUUAAUUUGCAUUUUUUAACCGUAACAGAAACAAGACAUACGGUCGAAAAUUGUCCAUGUAGCCUCCAUCAAAGUUGUCCAUUUUUUGUUCCAUUUGUUCCAUUUUUCCCACUUUCGAUUGUUUGUUUCUUACUGGAGUCGUAGAGCGAGUGUUAGUUUCUCCAUUUCAUAUAGUCCUUCCAUCGUGUCCAGCCAAUUUUUCUGAUUAGCUGGAUUCCUUGUGUUGGCCUUCUCUGAUGCUGCAAGAAGUAUUUCAGUCAAGUAUCUGUCUUUAGUUUGUAUGUUUCCAUUACCUCGAAGGUCAUGGGGAACUCAUAUCCUAAUAUUUUUCUUAUUCCUUUGCUUAUUCCUCUCACUUAUUAACUCUUUAGAUUCUCAACUGCAAACAGCGUCGUGUGAGUUUGUUUGUAUAUAAGAGUUCUUGCAUUCUCGCAUCUCACUCAGACAAUAUCAUUUCAUGGUUCCUCUUGCAGAAGAAGAGCCGAGAAGAGAGCUGUGGGGAAGGCAGCGGUGUGGAGAUUUUAGAGAAUAAGCCCUACACAGAUGGACCGGGUGGGACGGGCCAGUACACCCACAAGGUCUACCACAUUGGCAUGCACAUUCCCAGCUGGUUCCGCUCCAUCUUGCCCAAAGCAGCGCUCAGGGUUGAAGAAGAGUCGUGGAACGCCUACCCUUACACCCGCACCAGGUGAGAUUUUUGCUCCUACUGAAAGGCCACCUCCACACCUCUUCAGAGCAGGAGUAAGAGAGCGUCAAACCCUGCCAAGGCUGCGCAGAAUGUUUUUUCAUCUGUUCUUGGAAAUGUUCUGUGGUAAAAAGUAGAGCAGACACAAAAAGUCAAACCUUCCUUUUUAUCGUACAGAUAACAAUUAAAACCCAGCUGAUAUUCAGUGUGAUACUCCUAGAGUGCCAUGAGAUGAGCGCUCUGAUGCCCAGUUUGAAGUCCUGAUCAAGCUGAUGUCCUUUUAUAGACGCCAAAAGAAAAUAAAGAUCUUAGAACAAGCUGUCACAAUCUAACUGGGCAGAGCUUCAGAUCAGCAGGAGACGAGCAGAACUCCCAGGCUGCCGAACGCUGACGGCCCCUCACUCUCAGGGUGUCUGUGUUUGUCUGCGCGGCGCCUGACAAACACAAGAUGUGAAGGUGCUGAAAAGAGAUGUGCCCUUGACUAUGCUGUCAGGAUAUUGAUAGACUGCAAGUGCCUGUUGACACAUCUGUUCAGCCAGCGACAGCUUUUGCUUCAAAGAAAAACAGAUGGGCACGGCUCACACCUUUUCUCUACUCCGCAGUGAAAGGGUGAUGUCACUCUUUAUAAAAUAGUUCUGCUCUCGAGCGAGUCAGUUUUUAACUAAGUCUCACAACGAUGGCAGAUGUCAACCACACUGCACGCUUCUUCUGCUUCAAUAUUUUUGCCUCUUCUUCUCCCUCAGAUACACCUGUCCCUUUGUGGAGAAGUUCUCCAUCGACAUCGAGACCUACUACAAACCCGACACAGGCAACCAGGUGGAUGUCUUCAACUUGUCUGCAGCAGAAAAGAGGCAGAGGACCAUCGGUGAGACACAGGUUUAGAUGUUGAAAUAACCGCUGUGGGUUGCAUGAGUUAUUUAAGGUGACAGAGCAGCAUCUGUAAGUUCAGACUGGAGGUGUCUUAAUAUCAGUUGUGGUAAUAUUUGUGGUAACACUGCGUGUGUUUUAACAGUCUGACGCUGCAAAGCUGCCUGUGAAUGGUUUGAGGGCAUGAGACAACAUGGUUGCAAAACAGAGUAUUAUGAGGUCAAUAACUGAUUGUCUGAUUGUCAGACUGGGAGUCAGUUAUUUAAAAAAUGUCGAGCCGUUGAUCACAAGUUCAUACACGCUCUGCUACCUCACCCACAAUACAUCAUGACAUAGAAUAGAAAACACAAAGUAUGCGCAACACAUUCCUUAAAAAAACCUCUCCUGCAGUCUUCAUGGUGUUUUUCUGAAUAUCCUCCGUCUCUGGUAGACCCUAUCGACAUCGUGACAGAUCCCAUUCCCCCUCAUGAAUACAAAGUUGAAGAGGACACUCGGCUCUACAAGUCGGUGAAGACCCAGAGGGGUCCUCUGCAGGACGAUUGGAUAGAGGACUACAACAAUAACCCAGGGAAGACCCCCAUCAUGUGUGCCUACAAGCUCUGCAAGGUGGAGUUUCGGUACUGGGGCAUGCAGUCCAAGAUUGAGCGCUUCAUCCAUGAUGUGGGUGAGUGUGCAGCCACAGGUGUAAUAAGAGGGCGUGUCAUCCAUUACAUAUUAACAAAUAUUAACACAUAUUAACGUCGGAUCAUUGUGAUGUUAAGAGUCACGUAUCUAACAAUUCGAGUCGUCCUCCCUUAGGUCUGAGGAAGGUGAUGGUGCGUGCCCACCGGCAGGCCUGGUGCUGGCAGGACGAGUGGUACGGUCUGACUAUGGAGGACAUUCGGCAGCUGGAACUAGAGACCCAGCUGGCCCUGGCCACAAAGAUGGCCCAGUUCUGUCAGGCAGAGGAGGCCACCGAGGCCAACGGAGAAGCUCCGUCUCCAGACAAGGAACAAGAGGUGAAAGAGGCCAUCAGCUCCAUCGAGUCAGAGGAAGUGGUCGUCAGUACAGCAGGAGACACUCUGCAGCCACGGGGCGUCUUGACCAAGCAGUGGUCCACUUCAUCCCGAUCGUCCCGAUCUUCCAAGAGAGGAGGUUAGGACUGCGCCAUCUGCACUCCUUCAGUUUUGUCACUUUACCAUUAGACAGCGUGUGCGACUGACUCAUUCAGAGGCACCGACGUUUUUCCCCCGCUCAGUUUCUUUCUGCAGCUUUUUGGUGAUAGGUUUCCUCAGAGCCAUACUCCUUCCGUCACACAUAAUCACAUCUAUAUUUACACUUCAUCAUGUCCUAUUUGUUCAGUCAGCCAUCUGACUUCCUCCAUCUUAAAGGUUAAGGUUGACUAACAACAGUAAAACUGCUCUGAAGGUCUCUACAGAAAGAGCUGGAGGUCCUGUUGAGUUUAUCUGAGUGAUAACAGACGAGAAGAUGUAGUAUCCAGAAAGAAAGAAAAGUCAAUAAUCAUCAGUCUGAGAAUUCUGUCAUCACUUCCAAACUGAAAGACACAUAGUACAUGUCAAGACAGCAGUGACAACAUAAUAAUCUCUCACAUUGUUGAACAAACUCUUAACUUCAUCUUGAUGGAAGUGUUUCACAUCACAACAGAAAACUUUCUACAGAGAGUUUGACUGUGAUUUGUUCAGUGUGCGUUUAGAGCUCGCCGUGUUGGACAUGUGUUAGUGAAUUUAUACACCUCCUGAGCAGACUUUAUGCAGAUCUGCUGAGUUUCCACUCAGAUCUACAUACGCAAUACCACCCAACUCACCCCGACUCACCUCUACAACUCUCUCGAUCUUACCUGAGUUAUUUUUAGCUGCAGCAUCACAAACCACAUGUCCAAACACACCCAUCUCCAGUAUCAGCCCUACUUCAAGGCAGUGCUCACUGUAGCCGCCACCUGGACCCUGAGUCCCAUCCAGCAUGCCUCGUUUUACCCUUGCGACUACCCCUUGUGGUUUUUCUGGCGCUAUUUUUAGCAGCAGCGCUGACAUCACAGAUUAGAGGAGGCUGACGCUUUUCACAAUGACCCUCCCCUCCACCAACACGGUUUCCGUACGAGCACUGCCAGUUACAGCUGUACCCCCCUCCCCUCCAGGCCUCCUUUUAGAGUGACCUCAACCCCCUUAGACUAAUUAUAUAUUUAAGUCGGAGACCGAAGACACAUGCUCAACAAGUCCUGCUUUUAGUGUUUCCAUUUUCUCAGCUGGCAUUUGGACGCCAGUGCGCUCACUGCUUAUCUGUCGGGCCUCACUUUUCACACAACCCUCUGAUGGACCACCAAGCAGUCCAUCUGUGAUGAAGCAAUGUACCACAGAGACCGUUGCAUGUUUAUAUAACACCGUGUGUGUGUGUGUGGGCCGGGGGAGAUUGUGCAAUAUUUCUUUUUCAUAGAGUGUGUGUGUGUGUGUGUGUGUGUGUGUGUGUGUGUGUAAAAGAGAGAAAGAGAGAGGUUGAAACACAUGUCCCAAAAUAACAGUGUAUCUCUUGUUCUUGUGCGGUCUUCCAGUGAGUCCAUCACGUCACAGUAUCUCCGAGUGGAGGAUGCAGAGCAUAGCGCGAGACUCAGACGACAGCUCGGAUGAGGAGUUCUUCGACGCUCAUGGUAACCACAGUUUUGAUUUUGAUGGUUUCAUCAAUAAAAGUCUGUAUUGUGUUCAGUUUUUCCCAGAAACCUGCUCGCUCCCUUUCCUCCUCCUGACUCUGCAUGCAUCUCUUCAACCACAGAUCAGUUCUUAAGCUUCCCAGAUACCCAGCAUGCUUUGGGGCUGCAGUUGAAAUAGGUUGGUGUGGUGCGACACUCAUGCUGUCUGCUGGAUGGGUUUGGACGAGGACACGGUCCAAGUGUCUCUUUUCCGGUUCAGAAUCACAGUCACCUCCUACCAACAGUCCCUGUCACCAACACACUCCCUGUCCCACAUCAUCAUCAUCGACACACACACACACACACACACACACACACACACACACACACACACACACACACACACACACACACACACACACACACACACACACACACUCACCUCCGCAGAGUCCCACACGAUUCUUUCUAAACCUGGGUCAUAACAUUUUAUUUUGCUGUGAUACUGAAACAAUAAAGUAAAAUGUUGUUGUUGUUGUUUUGCUGAUACUGGAGUAUCACAGCUGAUUAUCUUCUCAUUAGUUUGUUCAAAGGUGAAUAAAUCUCUGCUCUGGCUGUCCUGAGUGACUGUGAAACAAUCAUUAGAUGCAGCUGUGUGUCAGUAUUUUAUCGUGUUUCGCUGUUUUCAUGUUUCUUUCAUGUUUGUAUGAAAUAAAUGCACACUGGGGAUCUGAUGUAUAAACACACCAUAUUCAGUCAAAUGAAUGAAUGAGGCUCACUGACAAAACCUUGUGUCUCAGUGACUGUUAGUACAAUAAUUAGGGCUGGACGAUAAACCAAAAAUUUACCAAUGACGAAAUUUACGACAACAACCAACGUCAUUUUACCCAUAUUGGUAUACUUGGUGUCAAAAAAAUAAAUAAAAGUUGUUUUUGGAUGUGUGUAGGUAGGCUAUGGUUUCAUGUCCUUUUAAGACGCUGUCCUACGUCAGAGACGAGACUCCACCCCAUCCAGUCUGUAAUAAAGAGGGAAAGACAGGUGAGGAGAUGGAGGACGGUUCAAAAGUUGUAGCGGCUGAAGUAGACGAAGUUAAUGUGGGAGGGGGUGAGCAGCUUGUGAAGUAGUUAUCAUCCAUUUAUCGUUAUCCAGGUGAACUGAUCAAUAUAUUGUGAUAUUGAUUUGAGGCCAUAUCGUCCAGCCCUAACAAGAAUGAUAGUUGUGCUGCCACAGUGUCGGGCCCAGUACAGCAAUGAUUCAACACAGCCAAAUGAAACGAUCAGUUAUUUAAGAAGGGUGAAUAAAUAAUUUGAGGCGCAGUGUGUAAACGUAAGCGGGUCUUUGUCCUCUGGAUGAUUACAUUUGGAAACACAAUGACUUGAUUCAGGGUGUUUUUGACUCCCCAGAUUUCCAUCAUAUCAUGGACUUUAAAUUUUUUCCUCUAUAGCAAAUAUAAGAGUAAGAGCGCACCGACAAAACUCAGUCAGUGUGUUUUGUUCACUUAGGCUUAUAACUUGGUGUAUUUAAUCGACGACUGAUAUUGCACAGUGAUUUUUAUAAGACUAGUGCUGCAGCAAUAAUCCUGCUGAAGAAAAGAAAUGGAGGAUUGAUAAAAGAAUCCUGUGCAGAUCAUAUAAACUUACAAAAACUAAGAUCAGAUGCUUUUACCCAGUGUUUGUGUUCCCAUCUUGCUGACCUUCACUCCGUUUUCACUUGCAAAACAAGUCACCAAAUAAAAUGAUUUUUAUCGCUUCACACUAGUCGUAUCGUUAGUUUUUACUUCCUGUAGAGCUUCACUUACAUCUAACUGAAUUUCCAUGAAAGAUAAGGUGAACAGCGGUUGCCUGUACAUUCCUUGUACAAAUCUGAACAUGUCUUUAAAACCCACUAUGUCUGGAUUCACAGCAAAAGGUGGAUAACAUGUUCUCAAACAGAAUUAGACGAUUGUAAAAGAAAAAUAUUCACAUUUGAAAUUUUUAUCCAUCAAUAAAAGGUAUGAGUCAGAAAUAAACACAAAAGUUUUGCUAUUUGUACCCGAAGUUUCACCAUCAGAAGCAUUUGGAGACCAGAGCUGUCUGUGAUACUUGACAUCAAACUGCUGUUGUAAUACCAGAUUCUUAAACCCUAACUGACCCGUACACUGAACUUGACUGGACCUUUGUUUUUGACCCUGCAGAGGAUUUCUCGGAUACUGAGGAGGUCCUCCCGAAGGAAAUCACCAAGUGGAACUCCAACGACCUCAUGGACAAGAUCGAAGCUGCAGACACAGAGGAAAAUGCCGGUAAACAAACACCAUAAUCACUAAAAUGGACAUUUUUGCUGCUUCACUUCUUGAUGUAAAGAUUGUGUGUUUGUGUUUUUGUGUGUUUGCAGGUGAGCUGUUCAAGGAAAUGACAGUGGACUAUGAAAGAGCUGCCAGUGAGGACAGACUAGAUGAGGUAUGUGUGUCUGACAGUGUUUGUUAGUUAAAAAACAACAACAACACUGUCCUGACUGAACUUCUGUUAUGCAGAAAUGUGUGAAAUGAUUAUUUCUGCAGUAGAGUCUACAGGAAAAGCCUCUCAGGACUCUUCUAGACUUUUUUUUUGUUGUUGUUUUUUUUUACCAAACUGUGACAGAAAGGCUGUUCGUCCCUGAGCCUCUCUGUCCUCUUGUGUUCAGAUGCGUGGCUCUGUUAGCGGCCAAGCUGAUAGCUCUCCCAUUCCCACCAUCAUGGUAACCAGGCACCAGUCAGUAAGUCAACAUUUUCUCGCCCCAGUGCAUUGUGGGCCUCAGAGUGACUCCACAGAGAUCCCAGAGCCCUCUGAACAAACCCCGUACUUACUCGCCCCUGCCCCUGUUUUUCCUCAUCGUUGCCCGAACCCAAAACAUGUGUCGUCCUCAACCUCACCACCCUCUGUUCAACUCCGUGUUCCUGCGGCUGUGGUGUUGUGUUCAUGCAAACCUACAGUUUAUGGUGUUACAUAUGUUGUCUGCAGAGAGCAUCGUCGUCCAGGUGGAGUGUAGGUUUGCUCUGUCCUGUCACCCUCCGUGGUUCUCCACCGUACUCUGGUUGUUCAAAUGUUUUGUUGUGUGGUCCAGAUUUGGAGAGAUGGACACAAACGUCUGACUGACAGAUUAAAACAAAACACAACUAAUGUCAGUGCACGAUGGCGAAGGAAUAAUUAGAGCAUGCUGUCUCUGUUCAUGAUGAUUCAAUAAAGAUUUUAAUUUAUAGAACGGUCUGCAGGAGCUGUUCCUCGUCUGUAAUCCUGCUCCUACUGUCUGUUCUCAGGAAAGCUCGUCUCAGCAGGGUUCGCAGCCCUCAAAGAUCCACGUUCUGAUUUUGGUUCUGCACGGAGGGAAUAUCCUGGAUACAGGCGGAGGGGACCAGAACAGCAAGCAGGCCGACGUCAACACCAUCAGCACGGUUUUUGACACAGUCAUGCGUGUUCACUACCCUGCUGCACUGGGACGCAUCGCCAUCCGCUUGGUGCCGUGCCCUGCCAUCUGUGCCGAGGCCUUCUCCCUGGUGUCCAAGUAAGAGGACACACACAUGCACACACACAUUUCUGCACACUACAAACACUGAGUGUAAUGAGUGAAGGUUUCUGUUGUUGACAGUGAGCGCUGUUGAUUUACAAAGUCUGAUAUUUAAUAUGAAGCAACUCCUGCAGGUUUAGAGCACAAUGAAGGGGAGUGUGCGUGUGUGUGUUUCGAAUUAACAGAAAUCAUAAAUUACAUAUGCGAGUUCCUGGUUGUGCUUUCCUGACAUUUCUUUGGAAGAGACUGAAUGGAUUCACAGUAGAGAUGUUAGAUGAAGAUACCGCAUUGCUUUGAAUUAUGUUUUCAUACUCAUUUUCAUAAUUUCCAUACCACUCCCUUUGACAUCGACUGGACUGCAGCUGAAAUAUUGUCUCACACUCUCACACACAUCAGGGAUUGGAGCAUUAAUUCAGUUUCAUAAAACAUAAAAAAGGUAAGAAAAAGAAAUGUAAUAAAAAAGGAGGAGUAGAAAGCAGAAAGCAGGAUAAUAAAUAUAAAAACAAAAUCAAUAAAAGGCAUAAUAGGUUAAAUAAGUAUAACAAAGGCUAAAAAGACAGUAAGUCCAAAUAAGAUAGAGGUAAAAGAGAUAAAAGAAAAAAAAGGAAGGGGAAAGUGUUAAUCUGUCAAUUCACUCUCAAUCAGUUUGAUAACCAGCUUUGUAGGACCGUAUAAUGCAGGUUCAGUAAAGCCAGAUAACCUAAAGAUACCCCGGGCAUGUUGAACUUGUCUCAUAAUAUGAGCCACAGAUGUUGCUAAUGACUGACUUCCCUCUCUCUUUUGAGAUAUCUCUGUCACUAAAUUUUCUCUAUUUCAUUUUUAAUCUUUGCUCAGCCUGAGCCCAUACAGCUACGAUGAGGGCUGUUUAUCCAGUAGCCAGGACCACAUCCCCUUGGCAGCCCUCCCCCUCCUCGCCACAUCUGCGCCACAGUACCAGGAAGCCAUAGCAACUGUCAUCGUCAGGGCCAACCAGGUGUACACAGACUUUAUAAAGUCUCUGGAUGGUGCCGCUUUCUCUGGCCAGGUGAGUUUCCUGCCAACCCGCUCCAAUUAUGAUACAGCGACAGUUUUUUAGUGUUUCCUGUGAUGUACAACAACACAACAAGCUGUGUGUUUUCAAUAUUAUUCUCCAAAAUAUAUAUUUACACAGCACAUACACUGUUUGUUUAAAGUGCACACAGUGUGUACAGACUUAUUACAUGUCAACACUCUGUGUGUGUGCAUAUAUACUUACUCAGGUACACAGUGUGACAGCUUAGGUGUCCUUUAAUUUGUCUAAAGAGGACAAUAUCAAGACUUUUGGAUUCUUGAUUCACAUCAGAGUAGAACUGUUCAUGUCUUCUCCUUCCCUUUGUUUUAAUUUUCAGUAAAAUCCCUUUUUUUGUUGUAGAUUUGAUGAUGUGUUAAUUUAUCAUCUAAACCUGAACUCUAGAUUGAGUUUUGUUUUAAUCAGGUUACAUGUGGGCUUUGUCCUUUCUAGGUUUGCCUCAUUGGAGACUGUGUGGGAGGAAUCUUGGGCUUUGAUGCACUUUGCAGCAGCAAUCAGACAGUUAAUGAAAGCCAGAACAGCAGUCGCAGGGGCAGCGUGGUCAGUGUGCAGGUAAGAAGCAAAGAUGUUUUUUUAUACUAAUUAUAGAAGGAGAAUAAAAGGUUGACUCCUCUCUCCUCUGAAUAUAUUUCUGCCUGAACUUUCUCUCUACAUACUGAGACAUCUGGAUUUGUUCUUGAAUCGUAUGUGCAGGACCAGGACCUCCUCUCACCUGGCAUCAUAGUCAACAGCGGCCACGGUUCAGCUUCUCCAACCUUGGAGGGUAGCCGUCACCUCAGCCGCAGUAACAUCGACAUCCCUCGCGCAGGAGCGUCCGAUGACACCAAGAAACAACUGCCACGCAAGAGAAGCGACUCCUCCACCUACGAGCUGGACACAAUAAAACAACACCAGGCCUUCCUGACCAGGUACGCGGAGUCUGGGAUGACACAUGAAAUGAACUUGGGGGAUGAAGAACUCAGUCUUUGAGUCGUUUUGGGUUUACACAACAAAAUGACUUUGUCCCGUCCUUCCAGCUUACACUCCAGUGUCUUGCGGAACGACUCGGCCUCGCGCAGAUCGAGCAGCAGCACCAUGCUGGACGGAAGCUCCCUGGGGAAGUUUGACUUUGAGGUGUCCGACUUCUUCCUGUUCGGCUCUCCGCUAGGAUUGGUGCUCGCUCUGAGGAAGACUGUCAUUCCUAUGCUGGAUGGUGAGUUUUUGCAGAGAGACGUGAUGUCCUUUGUAACACUUUUAAACGAUGGUAGAGGUUAUUUACUUUAUAUAUGGCUUAUGGAAAACACAGAUCAGCUUUAGGAAAGAAACACAUUUGAGCAAAGUUCUUCGUCAUCAUAAAAACUGAUGACUGUCCUCCUCUCAAACUGAAGUGAACCUUGUUACUCUGUAAGAAGGUAUUUUCAGUAAUAAUUGUUGAACUCUUCCAUCUGAGGGGAGGAGUCUGCGGUUCUCCUCCGUCCUCUCUGAAAUCUUUGGUUUUAUUUCUCCCCCUAGUGGCCCAGCUGCGGCCUGCCUGUCAGCAGGUUUAUAACUUGUUCCACCCGGCCGAUCCCUCCGCCUCCCGCCUGGAGCCUCUGCUGGAGCGGAAAUUUCACCUCCUGCCCCCGUUCAAUGUUCCCCGGUACCAGCGAUUUCCCCUGGGAGAUGGAAACUCUGCCCUACUGGGUGAGCCCUCUGCACCAACAGUGUAGAAACGUCUUAUUAUCAUAAUUCAGUGAAUAUCCUGUCAGUUUUAAAUGAUUGAUGAAGCUCAGAGUGGAAAUCACAUGCACAGACACAAAUGCCAAAUGCAUUUCAAUGUAAGGGCUGUUUUAAUUUCUCCUGUUUGAAAUUAAGAUCCCAUCAGCUGAAACUUAAGACACAGAUAUUUACCGACUGUCUUGUUUCCGACUGAUGCAUGCUUUAGUCAGUAAAACGCCUUAAAACACCUCUUGUAGCAAAGUCUGAGUCCCUUUACACACAGACUCAUCAUCGUCUCAAAGAAAAAUGCAUCAUUUUUCUGCUGUCUGUGCUUCAGCGUCUUUUGUGAAGCAGUUGAUUCAUCUGAAUGUGGUCGUAGUCCCGCUGGUUGUUUCUGUUUUGACUGGUCAUAAAAGUGGAGUAACCCUCAGAGCCUCAACCUGCACUGUUUUAUAGGAAGUCCUGUUUGUGAUAAACGAGGAGUAAUCUUACUUAUGAGCAGAGUUGAGUCUCAGAGCAUCACUUCUUGUGUUAAAGAGCAGUGUGAUAAGCUGGACUAGCAUGAGGACAUUGUUUAGAGAUUGUAAGUCAGGGGUUUGACUUGUCUGUAAAGGGUUUGUCUUGUGAAACUGAUUAGAGACGUUUUUAGUGGAAUUUUAAAGACAAAUUCAAGAUAAAUAUCCAGUUAAAGAGGUGUAGGUUUAAUGAUAAAUUGAUUUUUAGGGCGUCUACAAUCUUAGAUCUCAGAAAUCUGGCGUUUCCUGGGCUCCACUUGACUCUGCUUUCUUGUCUCACCUUUGGUUGUUCUUGCUUCAUAUGUUUUUGUGUCUUCCUUGUCUUUCCUUUCCUUCCUUUCCUUCCUUCUCGGCCUCUUGUUUCCCACAUCUAUACACUUGACUCUCUACCUCCCAAAACCCCCCCUGACCUCUGCCCCCCUUCUGCCCCUCCAAAACCCCCCCUCUGUAGUGGAGACAGUCCAGAGCAACGCUCAGCUGCUGCUUGACAGUGGGCCUCCUCUGUCCUUUCGCUGUCAGGAGACCAUCAGUGAGACCUGCAUCCCUGUGCCUGUGCUAAACUGGCAAGAGGGCUACCUCAGAGCCACACCUGCCACUAUGGAGUGUGUGUAGCCUCUCCCAUUCACCCGUCCUGUGUUGACUUUGUCUGUCCCAUCUUUGUUUCUCUCAUCCCCCAAAAUUCAGAUUCAUACCUUCUUUUCUUGUGUUUCCAAGUAUUCCCACUGCUGAUGUUUUAAAACCUCAGGGAUGUUAUCAAAUCAAAUAAGUUUAAAUCCUUCCUUCCAGUAUUCUGGAUAAGCAUUAAGCAUUAAUUUUAAAGAGCCACUCUGAUGGAAAUCAUUUUGUUGUUGUUUUUUACAUGUUCAUAUGGCAUUUUUCUGAUGCUACAGGAAAUGUCAUGAGAAAAAUAAGAGCGUAUUUCUAAAUUCAAAUCGCUGUGAAUCCCUUGCAGACCCAAACGGCCGGAUCAGAAACAGUCAGUACGUUUACAUGACACUCAAGAAAACCGAAUUAUUGCCUUACUCCGGUUAGGACAACUCAAGUGCAUGUAAACACCUUCGUCCAACUAUAAUCGGAGUUUGAGAACUCCCAGAUAAUGCGAUUGGAAUUCGAUUUCCUCUACCAUGUAAUAAGCGUAAGCCUUAGUAUGAUCAGACAAUGCAUGUGCGUGUGAGCCACACCCCCGUAACCCUGGAACAAAAACACCAGAGAGGAGGAGUAGCAUGCAUCUCAUCUGCAGAAAAAGUAGCUUGUACAUCAUGUAUGACAAAAACAACUCUGUACGAUGCUCCAUCUUCUUGCUCAAAAAUGCCCAGCAGCAGUUGUAGACACUUCUGACGUCUGGCAUGGACCUGCUGUUGUUGAUGACGGUUGUAACAGCGCCACUGAAAAGACCCAAAACGCCCCCUAGUUUUGAAAAAAAAAAGAAUUCUGAGGUUAGUCCGAUUAAGCUGUGCAUGUAAACGCACUGAUUAAGAUUUCCUAUGUAGCAAAUCCAAGCUCCGCCCCUAGAGCUCCACAAUGCAGGCCAGACUUGGAGAAGUAGAGAGGACGAUCGUGGAACAAGCGUGUACGUUAGCGGAUUGCAAUGAUCGUAAAAAAGUUCAUUAUGAUAUUAACUUUCAUCGUGCCCCUAAAGACAAUCAUGUCCGAGAGCUGAAUAGCUCCAGUGUUACCUGCCACUUCUAUUACACCGGCAACGUUAGGCUGCGAGCUAGCAUGAAGAGGAGCAGAGCAGCGCUGUCUCCGCCCAUGACUCAGAGGUGAAUCGCUAAUGAGCUACUGGAGCUCUGCAGAAGAGAAGUCCUUGAAAAUGACACAGGUAAAGUGAUUUUGACUAAAAACUUAAUAAUCACAAUUUAAAGACCAAAACAAAAAAACAAUGGGAGUGGGACUUUAAGCAUUUAACAAUCGGCCAUGGGAAUACUUGGGCGACCUCGAUCCAUAUCUCCUGUGGUGUUGGGUUUUGAUGUUUCCGUCUCAUACACUCACGAACUGUUGAAGGACUUGAGCAUUUGUGUUUGUGCUGUGGUUUUAAAGACAGAUUCUGGUGUGUCUGCAUCAUCUCUGUGAUAUCAGGAUAUCCAUGUAACAAACUGCUCAUGUUAAUUCUGGAGAAAUCUUCAUGUGACGAUCAAGUGGUGUCGUGUUUGCUUGUAAUGCUGUUUGUAGAGCUCAAUAUAUACAUCCUUCAUAUACUGGUGCCUGUGUUUUCUUUGUGAUUAGGGUCAGAGGUCAUCUGAUUUUUAUAAUAGUCCGCACAUAAAGUAAGAAUUAGAUUCACUUUGCUAUGAAGUAACACAAGCACACUGCUAGCACAUAAACAGGUGUGGACAUUCGUGAUUUGACAUCUACUAAGUGUUUGAUGUGCUCAUACGCUCGUGUUUCCACCUGAACUGAACCGACUGACCUAAGCUGCCUCACUUCUGGUUUCACAUGUCCUCUGAAACCACAAUGUGUGCUGUCACACGCCCCUCCUGUCACCCUAAUCCACUUUCCCCACCCACCCACCCAUCAUUGUGAGUGCCCCUUACCUGUGUCUCUGUCUAAUGGGAUCUCCUUGUUUCGGCUCAAUAGCGGAUGUUGUUCAGUCUCAUGGUGGUGUCUUCAUGGACAGUUCGUACCCCUCAUCCCCUGUAACGGGCCCCCUCUCCCGGGGCCAGCGGAGGGCCAGUGAGGUCAGCAUUGCCAGCCAAGUCUCAGGAAUGGCAGACAGUUACACUGCCACCAACAUAGCCAACAGUAAGUGUCCUUGAUACCAACGAGCCUCUCUCUCUCUUUCCUCCACUCACACAAACAUUGAUCUAUUUCCCCCCUCUUUCUAUCACUCUCCUCUUUAUUCCGUCUCUCCUAAAUCUCUCCCUUCCUCUCACUCAUCUUUAUCUGAACCCCGUUACUCUGACUCUACACACACCCAACACUCCAGCAGCCUACCCAGCCAAAACGACAUGAACACCCCUGUUCCUCUUUUUACUUCUGCUGACUCAGACCGAGCACCUGCAUUUUAACCAGAGGGUUCUGAAAGUCCCCCUGAAGAAGAGCAAGUUUAGCGCCGCUGCCCACUGUCUGUCUUACUCUUCUCCACCGUCUCAAUGUAAAUGCAAAGAACGAGUGCUGCAUUUAUCUGAUGUUGCGAUGCAUGUGACACCUGCCUCCUUCAGCCAUUCCUGCAUUGUCCACACUCCCUACUGCGACGUGUUUGCUCCGAUGAACUGUUUUCUGUUGUGUUUAUUGUGAAACUGUCCUUCCCCAGUUCACUUUGAUUGUGCCUCACAUGACUUCAGUACAACCCUGGGAAUGCAGAGCUCAUUAUGGCCGAUUUUCUCUCAUUCUUUACCAGCAGUACCCUGACCCGCUGUCUCAAUACUGCACUAACGAUAUUUUCUUUUCAGCUUUGACUUUCACAGCUCUGUCUGGACACUUCCAACAUCAAUCUUCAGACUCAGUAUAAUGUCACGAAUGUUCACGUGGAAACAUGCCUCUGUUUGAAGUUCUGUUUUGUCUCUUUGUUUUGUCCCCAUAGCCAAAUCUUACCAAAAUAACCAAUCCAAAAAGUUCAGCCUUUUAUCCCAACUCGCCCUCUCGUCACAAAGCAAAUUCUCCCUGAAAAGUCCUCCUAAGUCCCGAAAGAAAAGAGGCGCCGACCAGGCUGAGAGACCUCCAGACCAAGACCUGCAGGCCGAGCUGGACAGUGAGACCAGCGAAGGUUUAAGUCCCAUUUGCCAGUACGAGAACUGCCUGUCAGCCGGGCUGGACUGUGCUAUAUCUGAUCUGGUCUCACUGGACUCCCAGGCUGAAGUGGACCAAGGUAUUUUAUCCUAAGGGAGGGGACGUCUGAAAACUGCGAAAAGCUUCAGUUCUUUUCCUCAAAUACUAAAUCAUGUGCUGCUCUAUAAGAACGCUCCUUUUUCCUUCCCUUCACUUGUUUGAUUCACAAGGAUUCAAGAAAAAUAAUUAACACUGAUGAGCGAUAAUGUGUUUCUUUUCAAAUCUCUGAUCCCUUACUAACAUGAAUAACCACCUUGGAUUGCUGAUGAAAUCAUGCAUCAGUUCUAACUCUUUUCCUCCUCUCCUCUUGGAUUUCAGCUUCUUGAACUCUGGUUACUGAUUUAAAAUCCUGAUUUCCUUUUUCCAGCUGAAGAACCGCUGGGAUUGGUGAUGCUUGUGGUUGAAGUCUAAUGUCUUCUUUUUGCUUUAGCUUCAGAGGUGUUGCAUCUUUACGUAGGGUAACAUAAAUCCCACUAAUUCUGACAUUUUCACCUUGUAUAUCUACGCCAUCACCCAUCAUAGUUGCAGCACGCUGGUGGGGAACAAAGCGGCUGGACUUUGCCCUGUACUGCCCCGACGCUCUGACAGCUUUCCCCACAGUGGCUUUACCGCAUCUCUUCCACGCAUCAUACUGGGAGUCCACGGAUGUUGUGUCUUUUCUCCUGAGACAGGUGAGACAACAUCAGAAUAAUUCUCCUCUGUUCAUGGUCUCUAAAGACAAGACUAGCUCCAAACUCUAUGAAAUUCCUCUUUCAGGUCAUGAGGCACGAGAACUCGAGCAUCUUGGAGCUUGACGGGAAAGAGGUGUCUGAGUUCACCCCCUCCAAACCAAGAGAGAAGUGGCUCCGCAAGAGGACUCAUGUGAAGAUCAGGGUAAGCAGAAAAAAAGGAAUCGAGUGUCAGCUGACUCAAAGGUCUCCUAUUAUGGCAUUUUUCAUCAAGUUUAAAUCAGUCCCAGAGGUCCCACAAAAGUAAAAUUGAAGUUUGUUAUUUGUGGAUAUCAGCCAGCCUGUACCCUCCUCUUUUUUUAAGCUCCACGAAGAACGGGCUGAUUCUGCGCCUGUACCUUUAAAUGAUAAUGAGCUGUGUGUAACCACGCCCCUCUCUGGAAGGGGCUACGGCUUACCAUGCGGUAAUGUUUACAGCUGUAUGCAAGGGGAAAAAACGGCAGAUGCUACCUCAGCGAAGAAGUUUUAGAGGGCUGGGCUAACGAUUAUCGGGGGCGGUGCCACCAACAUGUAGGAGGGGCUUAUGCUCCUAUGUCAUCAUAACCGCAGAGCUCUUCUGUUCGCCUGUUUGCGCUCAUGUUUUCAGAAAGGAGGGGAAAGCAAGAGGGGUUGUCGGCUUCGUGGGGGUUCAUAUUAUUGGUAGAAGACCACCCAAAAGUGGAUUUUUCACAAUAGGGGACCUUUUUAAAUUCAAAUAUUCUGGUUUUCUUUCAUGUCUUGAGCUUUUUUUCUCUCAGCUUUUUUGUAGAAUUCAUGAAAUAAACGAAAGACAUGACGACAUUCUGCAUCAUUUCAGUUUCUUGACCCAUCAGAUUUUUUCUUUUCCUCCACUGACAGAACGUGACAGCUAACCACCGAGUAAACGACGCCGUGUUCACUGAAGACUCCCAGCAGGUGGUAACAGGACGCUUCAUGUACGGCCCUCUGGACAUGGUCACUCUGGCCGGGGAGAAGGUGAACUCUAGUUCCUCAUCAGCCUGAUGUCAGGAGUGCCAGACCUGCUUGCUAAUAAUGUAUCACUGAUCUCUGCAGGUGGAUCUCCACAUAAUGACCCAGCCUCCAUCAGGAGAGUGGGUCUACUUCAACACAGAGGUGACCAACAGCAGCGGCCGCGUGUCUUUUAUCAUCCCAGACGACAAACGUUUGGGCAUCGGCGUUUACCCGGUCAAAAUGGUCGUCAGGUAAGAUCUGAGUUCUUUCAGUAAAAACCUUAAGUCGAUCGAAAUACAAAAAAAUAUUAAGGCUUAAGUUUUAGUGAUUAUUUCUUUAAAUUCUCACUCUAAGUGUCCAGGAUGUCUGGAUUAAGACUUGACAUUUAUUUUACUCAUAAACUGUUAUCAUCAUGUAACACAAUCUCUGCCCUAACCAGACAAAUCUUGAAAACUUCACGAGGCGUUGUUAAUAAAAGAAUCAGAAUCAGAAUCGCCUUUUUUGUUUGUGUAAAAACAUCACAAAGGGAUUUGGGUACAUCUCCAAGGUGCUUUUGAGGUAGAUAAAAACAAGAUAAACAAAUAUAGAUAAAUGUACAACUAAGUAAAAGAAUAAAAGAAAAUGAAAUAGUUUUCGAAACAGAAAUUUUAAUACUUUUACCUGAGAAAUCCUGACAGAAUCUCCCCGGAUGUUUUUGUUGUUUGCAGCCUGUUUUACUCAGUAUUUGUGUUUCAUCUUCCUCAAGGGGAACGUCACUGGGUCAGCGUGUUUCUCCAUUUUUUUUCACUCUCUGUUGUUCUUCUCAUCCCUCCAGAGGCGAUCACACAUUUGCUGACAGCUACCUGACUGUUAUCCCACGUGGCACAGAGUUUGUGGUGUUCAGCAUCGAUGGGUCAUUCGCAGCCAGCGUCUCGAUCAUGGGCAGUGACCCCAAAGUGCGCGCAGGAGCUGUGGAUGUUGUCAGGUACUGAACUGUUCUUCUUCUGUCGUUGUUUUUGUGUCUAUUCAUGGCAUUGAUAGUCUUGUCUUAAUGCUGCUGCUCUCUGUGCCUUCUUACUGCAGACACUGGCAGGAUUUAGGUUAUUUGAUCAUCUAUGUGACCGGACGACCUGACAUGCAGAAGCAGCGGGUCGUGGCUUGGUUGUCUCAGCACAACUUCCCUCAUGGAAUCGUCUCUUUCUGUGACGGCCUGGUCCAUGAUCCUCUACGGCACAAAGCCAACUUCCUCAAAACCCUGACUGAGGUGAGAAUGCAAAAAGUGGGCGCUAACAGAAAGGUUUUGUAACUUUGCAGCAGUCAUUAAGUUUUCCUGUGUUUUUUUUUUUUUUACCGUUAACAGGCUCACAUGAAGAUUUUCGCUGGCUAUGGAUCAACCAAAGACAUCUCAGUCUACACCUCCAUCGGCCUCCCUGCCUCCCAAAUAUACAUCGUUGGGAGACCCUCCAAGAAGAUGCAGCACCAGUGCCAGGUACGGUUUUAUUAUUUCAUGCACAACAUGGGCAGAAAUUAAAGGGAUAUUCCGGCGUAAAAUUAAGUUAGGGUCAAACACACCGUAACACUGAGUUAGACGUCCUGUCGAGAGAUGAAUGUUGCCGACCGCUUGCUUCUCUAGUUAUACCAACUUUAGUAACGACCGCAGGAUAGGAAUACAGAGCGGUCUGAGGAGCCAUAAACAAACCUCAACCAAAACGCCUCGUACGCUUAUUGUAUUGCUAUCCUGCGGUCGUUACUAAAGUUGGUAUAACUAGAGAAGCAAGCAGUUAGCAACAUUCAUCUCUCGAGGGGGUGUUUAACUCAGUGUUACGGUGUGUUUGACCCUAAAUUAAUUUUAUACCAGAAUAUCCCUUUAAUGUGACCAAAUAAGAAACAGUCAUCUAAAACCAGAACCUGCUCUUAUCCACUCCACAGUUCAUCACAGAGGGCUACGCAGCUCAUCUGUCCCAGCUGGAGUACAACCAUCGCUCCAGACCAGCAAAGUCCAGCAGCGCGCGCAUGGUGCUACGCAAAGGCAGCUUCGGCUUGGGCGCAAACAGCGACUUCCUGAGGAAGAGGAACCACCUGCUGCGCACCAUUUCCUCCCAGCCGGCGCCUAGCUCCCCGACCGGCAGCAUCCACAACCGGCCAGAGCGCACGCAGAGCCAAUCGGACGGCGAUCGGCUGGAGCGGCUGGAGAGCAUCCACAGCCACAGCCAGGGAGCAACACAGCGCAGCAUGAGCAUCACCGCCAGCUGCUGGGGCCGCAGCAGCAGCACCAAGCUCGAACCUGGCGUCCUAAGCCCCAAAUGACAUCAGGGGGACACAAAGAGGGCUCUUUGAAUUGAAAAGCGCUGAGGAGAAGACUCAUAACAAACAAAAAUGCAAAGCGUAACUAAAGGUUGGCUCGCACCUGGUGGGUAGAUACAAAAAUGACAACAUUAGGUGCUACAAACUACUCUUUAUAAACCAACGCCAGUCACACUCCAUGAACAGAGGUUAUGGCUUUCAUUAAAAAAAAAAGGGCAAAAGGCAUUUCAAGGGGCAUCUUCCUCAAACAGGAAUGUGCACACACAUAGACAUAGCAUAUAAGUGUAAGAAUCCAGACUAAGUAAAUCUUUUUAGGCUUGAAUAUGAGUUUUUUUUUGCCUUUAGAUUGGAAACGGGGUAACACACACAAGCACCCUCAUGCAACAACAACAACAACAACACACAGCCUGUAUCAGGUCCGAGCGCUGAUACUUCACUGUAACUGACUGUUGUGGCCACUGCAAGCACAAAAACGUCGACAGAGAUUAACCGGGUGCAAAAUGGUUUUAAAUCUGUUUUUCUUUUUUUUUUAUGUGACGAUCAGAUAUUUCUUCACGUCUGUGAGCCAAGCUGAGGAGGAUCGAGUAAAACUGGACUGAGCGCGCUCACUCUGCACAAAACCAAUCAUUGGAAAUCACAUCAUUCAUCAACAUUAAAGAUAAUGUAUCGAUGUGCUGGGAGCCAACUCUGAAUGAUUUACCACUUAUGUACAGACGAAGGGAUUUUUCAGCGAACCAUUCAGUCCAGUUUUACUUGUUUUUUCUUGUCGUUCCUCAGACCAAAGAAUCCUCCAAAUAUCACAUUAAACCGCUAACAUUACCCUUUAACCGUGGUCGCAGCAGAAACUGUUCCUGAGCUCGACAGCGAAUCAGCGUUUGUGUUGCUGCUGUGACUUCCUGAAUCAGAGUGACUCAGCUAUAGGGAAAACUCCGACUGUAUGGUUAAUGUGCCAAAGUCAACAGUACAGAGGGAUAUGCUGUACGUGAAGGAGAGGGAGGGUUGGGGUCUCCUGUGUAAAAAUGGAAUACACUGUAAGUAUGUAUCUGAACGCCUUAAUGAGGCUUGUACAUAGUUGUUAUUCAACAGUGCAGAUCUGGUAUCUGGUCCACUGAAGACCAGCUUCAAGUGUCUUCUUUACUCUGGAGGUAAACACCACCUCAUUCAGGAUACACUUUAUUGAUUGAUGAUGAUGAUAAUUAUUGUUAUUUAAGAUAAUAGAUAUUUUAAGGUGUCUGGAUUUUGUGAACAAAAUGUGUUUUAAGAUAAUUUUUAGGUGUUUUUUUUUUUCCUUUCAAACUUCCGUUGCAGCAGCCAAAACUCAGAGGUCUUUGCCUUGCACAGUAUUGUAUUUUUAUUUAUCUUCAACAUCACCAGAGUCGUAUCAACAGAACUGCUAUCUUGUGACAUAAAUAUAUUAUGUUUGGUAUCAUCUAUUUUGGAAAAUCUGGGGUAUGGCUUCUCCAUGGUUAUUCCCAAGCUGUAAAUGAGGCGUUGAAUGUUUUCAUAGAUAAUCCUCCUUAGGUUAAGAUCGAUUUUUUUUUUUCUGUUCUGCUGCAUCUUUAGAGGGAGAAAAUUCUGCAAAUUGUAAAUUGUGUACAAUAUGCUGUCCGCAGUAGGAACACAGAGCUAAGAUUUACUUGAUGCUGUUUUUCCAUUGACUUAUCAAAAGGGUACUGGGCUGUGAUGAACUCAUGUGAAAGGUGAUGUUUUUUUGUGGUCCCUUGAAUAGGCAUGUACAGAGCUGAGUGCAAUGGACCAAUGGUGGCCUAAAUGUUAAGGGAAAAUGUGCAAUAUUACUGAACCACACCACAAGAUGAAACUAAAACUAUGUGAAGGGAAUUUCCCAGCAUUGACAAUCAGAUCAUGAGGCACAUAUUCUGAACGCACGCCAUCUUUCAGGUAACACAGGUACAUAUGAAGUACACGUUAGUCUUUCAAAAGCUAGAGAUUAUCCAAUAAUCCUAAAACUAGAACAACAGGUUUUCUCUAGUCGCCGGACUCGCCACUCUUUUUGUGGAUGUUUUAUUUCCAAAUAUUAAAGGGAUAUUCCAGCGUAAAAUUAAUUUAGGGUCAAACACACCGGAACACAGGUUAGACACCCCCCUCCGCUUGCUUCUCUAGUUAUACCAACUUUAGUAACGACCGCAGGAUAGCAAUACUCAGCAGUCUGAGGAGCCAUAAACAAACCUCAACCAAAACGCCACUCUAUAGCCACAAAUAAUGAUCAGAACAGCACCUAACUUCAUCAACAGGACAUAUAGGGUCCCAGCCAUAGUACUAGCCACCAAACAUCUUCUUAACUUUGACUAAUUUCUUUUGCAAAGAGAUGAAACACAACUCACUUAUUCUCUUCCGGCAGCUGCUUGUUUGUAGAGAGACCUCGGGGGAGUCCAUCGACUUCAGCGGGGUGACACAGCUCAAGGAAGAACAUUUAUGAUCAUUUCUUCAUGGAAAUACAAUCAGACCGAGACGCUAAGGCAGAAGAACUACCACAUCUGCAGUGAAAAAUGAUUAAUAUGGUGAUUAUUAGUUCGAGGAAAUGAUAAAGAAAUUAUCAUUAAUGUUCUUCCUUAUACGGUGUGUUUGAUCCUAAGUUAAUUUUACACCAGAAUAUCCUUUUAAGCAGAAGAUUAAGAAACUGCAGCCUCUGAACAUGAGGCAAGAAAUUCAGCAACAUAGCUUAACUGACAACCUUAGACGAAGAGGCUCAAUCGUUUAGAAGUAAACCAAAUAAUGUCUCUUUUUAAAUGUUUCCUUGUCCAAAACAAGGCUUCAUAAUGUUUUAUGAUCCCUCCCUCUUAUAACGGGGAUUAUCCCAGUAUAAACAGGUGUGAUUACUAACCCGACGGUGUCCAUCUGCACCUGGGCUUGGAGCCACGAGGAUAAUUCUUUCAGAAGUUAUGUAAACAAGUCUUUCUGAAGCUGCUGAUUGUACCUUAAAAGUACAUUUAAAAAAGGGAGAUGCAAUGCUGGAAAACAUGCACUUAUUUAAAGUUGUUUUCUGCUGAACCAUAACCCCCCCACCUCAGAGAAAUCAAUCACACGGAUACUAAAUCCAGAGAAUGUAACGACGACUGUGCUAGACGGUCGCUCCGAUCUGUUACUGACCCACACGAUACCAGAGGCCUUAUCGUUCCCUUCUCUGCCUUAGAUUGGCCAUGGUGUGGCGAGGCCUAAAACGAACGCUGCUCACCCCUGAAUCGAUUUUAUGGAGAAAAGUGAGACUGUUAAUGCAGAUUUAACUCAGUAGAAAACAGAGUCAGCUAUACUUUCUUGUAAAGGUUUGAAGAGGAAAUGUGCAAAUGAGAAAUCUGUUUCACAAAGAUUAGGCAAUCUGUCUCAAGCUCUGUUCCCCAUCACAACUGUUACAACAACAGUUAGCUCUCAGAGGCUGUAAAUGUAUAUAAACCACAAAUAUGGUAAAUAUUUUCAUUGUACAGGGUGUGAAUCUUGUAGGUUUUGGAUAACUUCAUUUUAUCCACUCUCUUGUGUUUUUAUGUACAGUGUAUAAAGAAUAUAUAUGACAAACAAAGUCAGUUUGGCCUUUUUUUUCGGGGGGGAUAUCAACUUUUCAUUUCACACAGAUUCAGAUUUAUUCAGAGAUCCACAAUGCAACAAAAAGUAAGACAUUGAGAGAGAUUUCACAAAAAUAAAGGGGUUUCUCCCACUGAUAUGCAUGAAAUCAUGGACAGAAUAAAUGAGCAUUAUUCAGUGCAAACAUUUCAUCAAAUGUGCAAUUACAAAAAUCUACCUUCUCCACAUCUCAGCUGACAUAUUCAAGUCAGCCGUUAAACUCUUCUGCAACUCUCUUUUGUGAUUAACACAGCUGACACGACAGAAAUCAGUGGGAAAUACCUUCACCUGGGUCGAACCGGCCCAGAGUGCGUUUCCUGAUUAUUCUGUACCCUGACUUUCACAUGAAGAAAUUGCAGAGAGUGUUUUGAAAUUAUAUAAAGAUAUAAAAUCAGCUUAUAGUUGACGUUCUUCUACCUGUUGAUUCCCAAUUUCUUCUGAAAGGCGCUCCCGUCUCCCUUGGUGGCUUGCUGAGAAGACAAACGGGAGCUCGGUAAGACAUGAGACUCUUUAUUUUUACUUCACUGACCUAAGGCGGAAACUUUGGGUACCUUGUUGAUUUCUUUGUGUUUUUCUCGGCUGACUAUCUCCUCUAUGAUCUCUCCUUCUCCUCUCACCAAUCUGGAGGAAAACACGAUAGUUGGCAUUAAAACUAAAAACAGGAUACGAACAGUAGACAGAGAAUGUAGUUUUAAGUCAACUUGUCUUACAGCGAGUCUCGGGUUGAUCUCUGACUCACCUGGUGCGACCUGUCUCUGGGUCGACCACCCUGCGGAUCACGCUCUGUCUGGCCUCGUACUCUUCUUUGGUGAGGGGCCUCUUAGUGGAGAAUCGGGCCUUCUGCUCAUCUGUCAUCACUACAAAGGGAAACAGUAAAAAAACAUAAAAACAGAUCUUGAAACUCAAUUUAGACAAACAUUCAUAUCAUAUCACUGACAAAAAUAAAAGCCUAAUUCAGAUGUCCAUCCCUCACAGUUAAAAGCUCCUAUGGGGAGUUUUUUUUAAUGUUUAUGAAAAAGACUAAAAUUCAUGAUAUUUGAUAGCAAACAAGACCAUCAGGACCAAGACAAUAAGUGAAAGGCCUGAAACUGGUGCGAGGGGUAGGAGUCAAAGCUGAAGCAAAAGCCCAGUAUUGUCAAGUUCUACCUUAAAGGGAUAUUCCUGCAUAAAAUUAAUUUAGGGUCAAACACACCGUAACACAGAGUUAGACACCCCCCUCCAGAGAUGAAUGUUGCCGCUUGUUUCACUUGUUAUACCAACUUCAGUAACGACCACAGGAUAGCAAUACAGAGAGCCACAUGCUCAACCAAAACGCCACUCUAUAGCCACUAAUAAUGAUCAGAACAGCAGCUAACUUCAACAACAGUACAUAUAGGGUCCCAGCCAUAGUACUAGCCACAAAACAUCUUUUUAGCUUUGCCUAAAUUCUUUAGCAAAUAGACUAAACACAACUCACCUACUCUCUUCCAGCAGCCGCUUGUUUGUAGCGAGACCUCUGCCAGUCCAUUACAGACUACAGCGGA